AGAAGAAUGAAAAUAAGAGAUAAAAUAUUAAUACAGAAAUACUUUUUAAACAUCUUCAAUGGAAUUUUCUUGGUUCUAGGUCUUGUGCUUUUGCAGUUUGGCUUGUGGCUUUUAUAUGACAGAAACAAUUAAUUCAGUAUGUUAUUUUCUUCAGGUGACAAUCAGCUAGUAGCAUAUAUUUCUUGUAUAUUACUUGGAACUGGAUCUGUUAUAACUUUUACAUCAGCCAUGGGAUUCCUUGGAAGUGUUAAGGAAAUCAAAUGUCUACUAGUUAUAUAUAUGAGUUUUCAAGUUGUGGUGUUCGGCACCCAAUUUGUAAUAUCAGUGCUGACAUUUGCAAAGAAAGAAGAGGUCCAUAAUCGAUGGAACAACAGAAUUGAUGAAGUUAUUUCUGAAUAUGGGAAUAGGAGUCUGGCUGAGAAGGAACCUGUGUGGAACAUUCUUAAUGCAGUGCAGCACAAUAUGGAAUGCUGCGGAAGAUACAACAUCACACAGUGGGAUAAGAAUAAAAAUAAAGGAAAUAGUACUGAGAUCCCAUGUUCAUGCACAAAAUCUAUUCUGAAGAAAUGGUUUUGUGACGUGCCGAGGAAUUCAACAUACCAUAUGGGAUGUGAAGAAUAUUUAGAUACAUGGUUUGAAAACACUGUUUUGAUCUUAACUUCAAUUAAUGUUGGCCUGCUAAUUAUACAGAUUUUUGUGAUCACACUAACUGCUCAGCUGUUUAGAAACAUCAAGAAUAAUAAUAUUUGGCCAAAUGAAUCAUAA